ACUACCCCACGCUGUCUUACAAGGGAACCAUUUCCACAGCUUGAUCCAGGACGGCUCUGUGGCUUUGGACCUUCCACUGCCAUCACAGACGGGGGAGGCUGCUUCUGUCUCCGUCGCCUCCAGGCCCCCAGCUGCCCGGGACAUGCCUUCGGGAUGCAACCGGAGCAGCAGGUUUGUUUCUGGCUGGCAGAGACGAUGCCAUUGAAAGGAGCCGCGUGACUCCCCCGGCCCCACCAUGCCCUUUUCCGACUUUGUCUUAGCGCUGAAGGACAAUCCCUACUUCGGGGCUGGCUUUGGCCUGGUAGGGGUGGGCACGGCUCUGGCUUUGGCCCGGAAGGGGGCCCAGUUUGGGGCGGUUGCUUUUCGCCGACACUACAUGAUCACCUUGGAGGUGCCCAGCAAGGACAAGAGCUACCAGUGGCUGCUGAGUUGGAUCUCGCACUAUGCCAAGCACACUCAGCACCUGAGCGUGGAGACCUCGUACCUGCAACACGAGAGCGGGCGCAUCAGCACCAAGUUCGACUUUAUCCCCAGCCCUGGGAACCACUUCAUCUGGUAUCAGAGGAAGUGGAUCCGCAUCGAGCGGAACCGAGAGAAGCAAAUGAUCGACCUGCACACGGGGACCCCCUGGGAGUCAGUGACGUUCACAGCCCUGGGCACCAAGCGGGAGAUCUUCUUCAGCAUCCUCCAGGAAGCCAGGGAACUGGCUCUGAGGCAGCAGGAGGGGAAGACAGUCAUGUACACGGCCAUGGGUGCCGAAUGGCGGCCGUUUGGCUUCCCGCGCCGCCGUCGGCCGCUCGCCUCCGUGGUGCUGGAGAAGGGGAUCUCGGAGAAGAUCGUGCAGGACGUAAAGGAGUUCAUCGAGAACCCCAAGUGGUACAGUGAGAGAGGAAUCCCGUACAGGAGGGGCUAUUUGCUUUACGGGCCCCCGGGCUGUGGGAAAAGCAGCUUCAUCACGGCCCUGGCCGGGGAGCUGGAGUACGGCAUCUGCCUGCUGAGCCUGAGUGACCGCAGCCUCUCCGAUGACCGCCUCAACCACCUCCUCAGCGUGGCGCCGCAGCAGAGCAUCAUCCUCCUGGAGGACGUGGACGCGGCCUUCGUCAGCCGGGACCUCGCUGUGGAGAACCCAACUGCCUACCAGGGCAUGGGACGGCUGACCUUCAGUGGCCUCCUCAACGCGCUGGAUGGCGUCGCCUCCACGGAGGCCAGGAUCGUCUUCAUGACCACCAACCACGUGGACAGGUUGGACCCAGCCCUGGUACGCCCUGGCCGGGUGGAUCUGAAGCAGUACGUGGGACCCUGCUCCCGCUGGCAGAUUUCCCGCAUGUUCCAGCGCUUCUACCCAGACCAGCCGGCGGCUGCCGGGGACAAGUUCGCAGAGCAGGCCCUGCGCGUCUCCGAGCAGAUCAGCGCCGCCCAGGUGCAGGGCCACCUCAUGCUGUAUAAAGCAGACCCAGCCGGGGCCAUUGAAAACGUGCAGUCGAUUUCCCUGUGAGCAAGGGCGGGUGCUCUCAAAGGGGAGGGGCUUGCGGCGCCAUUCCCGGGAGUGACUCAUGGAGGACGUGAUAACCGUGAGGAUGCUGCUUUGUGACAGUCCCAGGGAGCCGAUCGCUCUCUGUUUCGCUACCUCAACGAGGCCUUGGGUUUCUAUUAAAAUAUAAAAAGAACUAGGA